AUGGCUGAUGAUAGUCCAGUCAGAGCAGAAUUUGAUACGUCUUUUGAACCUGCAUUAAGGUUUUCAGAAGCCUUUAAGGCUUCUCUUGGUGUUACGACAAACAUACCAUCUGAUCUAACGGAAAUUUACUCGGGACUAAAUUUGAAAGAACGCUGGAUAUUAUGUUUUGAUAAGUUAUCCAACAAUGGACAGGUGAUUGGUACAUAUUCCUUAAAUACAGAUAAAGUACAAGUCGGUGAUAAACUUGGUAUAAAGAAAGCCUCAGACAGUACCCUACACUUUUACUUGAAUGGUAUCGACCAUGGUAAAGCUUUUUCUAAUUUACCUGAAGUUGUUUAUGGUGUUGUUGACCUUUGGGGAAGAUGUUGUCAAGUUUCUAUAGUUAACCAAGGUUGUGAUUCGAAGAAAAGGAACACAGAAAUUAAAGAAUCUGCUACAGAAGCUGGAGCCCAGGUUGCAAUCAAGACAUCUUAUUUCAGCGGGAGACCAGCUGAUUGGAAUGUGGAUGCCGUUUGUGAGUUCAUUACGUCAAUACCAGAAGUGGGUCCGUAUGCUGCAAAAUUCAGGUCAGAGCACAUCGAUGGAGCUGCAUUGAUAGAAUUAGACAAAAAGGAUCUGAAAGAAUUUUUUGAGAUGCCUUUAGGAUUAGCCGUCAAGAUAUGUUCGCAUUUGAAGAAGUUAGAGGAAAAGAAAUAAACGAUACAUAGUUAUGCUUUGAUUUUUAAUGAUCAGAAUAUUUAGCAUUGUUCAUUAUUGAAAUGUUACUAUAGCACUGUUUUACUAUUCUUUAAAUAAAUUGUUGUUUAAUGCUUUGAAAGAUUUAAAUGCAAUACCAUUGAAUAUGAUGAAUUAUUUGGAUGCUGUUUGGACAGUCCUAACAUGUACAAAAGUUCACCAGAGGUAACUUCCAAAAUACAAAUAAAACUAUCAAGUUUGCUUCAUCGAUUGUAGAUAAAAUUUGUUCGUUCAUUCAUCAGUACGUUCGUCUGUUUCGCUUCAGAAUAACGUGUUUGAUCAAGGUAGUUGCAACUUAUUACACAUGAUCCCUAUGUUAUGAUUUUUCUUAUAUUAAGGCCAAGUUAGAGUUUUUGUCCCAAUUUAACACAUACAAUUA